AUGACCAAGGAGGAAGCUUUGGGCUUAUUUCAUAACGUGACAAAGCAAUUAAACACGGAUGGCGGCAUCCCCACUCAACUCUUCCCAAUGGAAAGGACUGUAGUGAUUGAACCAGGCACCUGGGUGUAUAGAAUACCCAACAACAACCCUACUGACGACAACUCAUCGGUAGAGAACUACUACCAG